CCAUUUUUGUUUACAUCUUGAACAUUCUGGACAUGCGCUUCAGCUAACAAUUACGUCAUUUUAAAGUUGUUGUCAUAGUACCAGCGGACGGUUUCUAUUCUUUUCGCCAGAAGAAAAACAAGGGAAACUUGUCAAAACACUCAGGAGACAGGGACCAUUCUGAACAGGACAAUUUAGUGCAGGGUGUUGUCUUUUCAGAUAUGGCAGCCUGUCAACUUGAUAGAGCUUGUUGUUAUCAGAACAAAAGUCUUUGUGCUCAAGGUUUUACAACCAAGUCGUGGAUGAAAAAUGUCGAGGUUGUCGGUCCACCUGAAGCGGGUGCAUUUAAAAAACGACCUGCAAAGCAAACUCAAUUUCGUCGAUUUUACGACCGAGGAGAUUUGCCAAUCGCUUUAGAACAUGACACAAAAGGCAAUAAAAUCGCGUGGAAAGUUGAAAUCGAGAAGUUAGAUUACCACCACUAUCUUCCAAUGUUUUUCGAAGGAUUGAGAGAAAUUGAGCAUCCUUACGAGUUUUUCGCACGGCAAGGUGUUCACGAUAUGUUGGAACACGGUGGAAGCAAAAUCCUGCCAGUUGUUCCGCAGUUGAUUUUACCAAUUCGAGAUGCACUUGACACAAGAAACCUUUCUGUUGUAUGCACAACAUUAAAAGUGUUGCAACAUUUGGUUGUAUCAGGAGAAAUGGUGGGAGAAGCUCUUGUUCCAUAUUACAGACAAAUUUUGCCAGUUCUUAAUAUAUUUAAAAACAAAAACUUAAAUUCUGGAGAUGGAAUUGAUUACAGUCAACAAAGGCGGGAAAAUAUUGGUGAUUUGAUACAGGAAACAUUGGAAGCAUUUGAAAAACAUGGCGGAGAAGAUGCGUUUAUAAACAUCAAGUACAUGAUCCCCACCUAUGAAUCAUGCUUGCUUAAUUAAACUGAAAAUAUUUCUUUUUACUCAGUUGUAUAUAUUUCUUUAUACUUUUGCGCCAAACUUAUUUUUUAAUAUCAGAAAAAUAAAUAAAUACUAAA